AUGGAUGAGAAAUGUCAACAACCUAUAGGAUAUUCCACUAAAGCAGCUCUCUUAAAAUUAAGAGAAGAUAUUCAGAAUGUCAUUGAUGAAUAUAAACAUAAAAAUCGCAUGAGGUUGGGGAUUAUACGAAAGAUAAUAUCAUUUAAUUCAGAAAAGGUAUUGUUAUCUGGAGUCGCCUACACAGUCACCAUAAUUAAUAUUGUAUGUUUACUAUUAACUUAUCUCAUUGGAGAGACAGUACUUCCUCAAGGAUACUUACUUUGGGAAGCUCUAUUUUUAUUCAUUAUUUUGAUAGUCAACUUUUUGGUUGCACUUAAUGAAGAAUAUUUGUACCAAAAUGAAAUACCACAUAGAGUGAAGAAGGUUUUAGAAACACUAGAUUCUGCGAUAGAGAAGUGUUAUUGGAAGGAGAUCCAUUAUCCCCAUUUAUGUGCACCGUUUUCUCCAUGUGUUAUACUGCAAUGGACUUACAGAGAUGGUAUUAUUGUAAAUUUACCAUGGGCUUUAUUAGUGGAAGGCGACAUAAUAGUUCUUAGACCUGGCCAGGAGGUCCCGGGUCAUGUUCAAGGACUAAGCCCCGGUGACCCGGAGUUAUUUUUCGGACAAAUUUUUCAAUCUGACUCAAAGUUUACAAAAGAGAAAUGCAGUGCUCCUAGAGUGUGUACCCCUCACCCUAACAAAGAGUACAGGAUGUGUGAGACUCCAUAUCUAAAGAACCUUAGACUGGCACUCGAUGAAGCUACAAAUAGACCUGUCACAGUCUAUGAAAAACAAAGGUACUUGUGUACAGUUAAAAUUAUGGAAGGCAUCGUAAUGCCGUUAGUUAUCAUACUUAUGGUGGUGGGUAGUAUCAUUAGACAUCUAUAUGAUCUACCGGGCACCACUCAUUGGACUGAAGUGUACUUACUACAGACAAUUGCUGCAUCUCUGCCGCUGCUGCAAAUAAUAUUCCCCAUUAUAUGGGUCACACUUAAUUGUUACGGACUCGCCACCUUCAAACAUCUAUCUAUGACUCGCCCGAAGUACUCCAGACCUAAGUCCUGUUCUAUAUCAGAAGACGCAAGCGAUCCACUCAUACAAGUGUUGAGCGAUCCAAACCUAAGACCUAAGAGCUUCCAUGCUUUGGCGAAAACCUUUUGGAAUAUUCUCAUUGGCAAGGAGGACAUGGUCACACGAACUUCAAACAUAGUCCAUGUCUUAGGAUCGCUUUCGGCUCUAUGCUGUGUAGACAAGAAAGGCAUACUGUCAUGGCCGAAUCCAACAGCAGAGAAAGUAUUCUUUCUUCGCAACUCAAGUCCCACAUCGCACAACUCUAGCAAGACCAGUCUAGUUGGGUCUAUGGGACAUCAGAGUCAAACUACUUUGGAUCAGACGGGAGAUAGCAAACAAAACACUGAACCGUCUACUGUUGUUGAGGUCCUGGAUUUAACUCACGACCAGAACGCGCCGUUCCGAGUGGAGUUCGACGAGCAGCGUUGGCGGACACACCUCGCGCGCCUCAAGCCGCUGGGACUGGCGGCGCUCCUCAACACGUGCGCCACACAACCCACACACACAUACGCACACUUCUGUGCACAUCUCACGUGCGAGGCACAGCACAGUGAGGAUUUAGUUCCAGUCACCAAUAGAAGAUGUCUCUGUGAGUUGGCGAAGCAAAUAGGAUUCACGGACUCGGUCACUAACUCCUACAAUAUACAAGAGUGUUUGGCCGUAUUUAGACAUUUGCAAGCGGAUACAAUACGACGUGAGACUCGUUUCGUUCGUUCCCUGCACCUCAGUACGCGUGUGAAGGUUCCUCUACCACACAUGCUGGCUGUCAUCGUUAAAGAUCAGGCGAACCAACUGCAGAUGCUGUCACAGGGUACAGCUGAUAUAAUAUUGGAUUCGUGCGUGGACUUCUGGAACGGUCGUGACCUGACCACCAUAACGCCCUCCGAUAGGAAGAAGAUUAUAGAUUUCUACCAACGGAACUCUCUCACGGCCUACUGCACCGCAUUUGCUUAUAAACCCCUCACCCGCGGCGUGGCGCCGUGCGUGUCCAGUCAGUACUUGGAGCUGCCUGCAGACAGCCGGCCGCUUUACGCGCAUUCCCAGCUAUGGCCGGACGCGCCCGCACUACACUUCCACUCCACAGACUCUUUGUUGUUCAACGAAGUGACAGAUGACGACGUCGAUGACGCUGACGGAUAUUUUGACAUGCAAUGCAAUCAGGUUUUCAUUGGUAUGGUGACAAUGCAGUACCAAGCUCAGAGCGAUAUGGUGGAACUGAUAGAACGUUUGGAGCGAGCCUGCAUACGAUUUGUGCACUUCAGUAAGGAGAACGAACUCAGAUCGAGGGUAUUCAGCGAAAAGAUGGGCUUAGAAUCGGGUUGGAACUGCCAUAUAUCACUUAUGAAUGAUCAGAAACAUAGCGGGAAUAUGGCGGCUUCGAAGUCUUUGUCCAUGUCAGCGCCUGGGGCCAUCAACGUUGAACACAGUACUGUUAAAUUUGACGACGAAAUCAAAAAAACACGACACUCUAUAACAGCGCACAGCGGACUUAAGGAGGUUCAGCUGAGUAACGCGAGCCAGGCGUCCACGGACUCCCUGCUGGGGUCCCCGGCGGACGGCUGCCGGUCCCUGUCCUGCCUGACCGACUCCACCGACCACACCGCGCCGCUCAACUUCGACAUGAGCAACCGGGCGAAGCUGCCCCGCGGUAUAGAGAACAUUCGUCCUCACAUCGAGCAGGUGGACAACGUGCCGCUACUGGUGUCUCUGUUCACGGACUGCACCGCCGGCUCCGUGCACCAGAUGAUACAGAUCAUGCAGGAUUACGGUGAAGUAGUUUGCGUAAUGGGUUCAGCGGCAAACUGUCAAAAUAUGGAGAUUUUUAUGCAGGCUGAUGCUAGCAUCGCUUUAGAACCGCUGUAUCCUGUUCUGUGCCAAAAAAUGCCUCCCUAUGAAGUACCAGAUGACUGCAUCGGACCCAUUGAUCUGGCGAACGUAUUGAACUCUGUACCGUGCUCGCUGUCGAUGUCUCGCGAGGCGGACGUGUCGUUGUUCGCUCUCAUCACCAUGUCUCGACACUUCAUGAUGUGUCUGUGGAACAGCACGCAGUUCUCUAUUUGCAGUUCCUGUUUCAUUUCUUUUAUACAGGUGUGUUCCGCGCUCGUGUGUCUCCCGGGCUGCGUGUCGGCCGGUGGUUGUCUGUGGUCGGUGUGUGUGUCGGGGCUCCUCGCCGCCUCAUUAUCCGGAGCCCCGGCCUCCCUCGCCGCGCCCCUCAUGCUGCGAGCCGCUACUAGACCCGCUCUGGUACUACAUGCCAGAACGGCGUUGUUCGUGUUCUGGUUCUACGCGUGCAAGUUCAUACCCGCUGCUAUAUCUAUAUUGAUGUUACACGCUUUAACACUGAGGAGUUUCUGCGAGCAAAUAGCGGAUCACACCAAAAUGACGUCUUGUUGGAUCGUGUAUCCGAUUAAUGUUGGGAAUUAUACAACAGACCACGACUUGUCUAUGAAGAGCUGGCAGGGCUGGGGAGAUGAUUUCUACGACGGGUUCUAUCUAGCACGACAUAUAACACUCGCUUUGAUUAUUUUGCAUUUAAUCGUCAUAUCGAUAUCAUUUGUACAUCGACAACACUCAAUCUGGCAGAGAGGCUUCUGGAUGAACAAAGUCUGGUGUAUAACUGUUGUUAUAUUGAUACUAAUACAAUGUGUAUUCAGCGGCGUUCUGUUGAGAGUGUCGUAUGUAGACUGUGAGGUGUGGUCAAUGUGUUCAUUCCACUACCACGUGCCCUGGCCCCUACUAGUGGGUUACGGAACUUCACUAGUUUUCAUAUUCGGCCUCAACGAACUCUUUAAAUGGCAGGAGAUGAAAGUCGACGCGCGAAACCAAAGACGCGCUAGAUUGGAUUUUGGAACAAAACUGGGGAUGAAUUCACCAUUUUAA